CGUCCUGGGCCACCGACAUAAUGCACGAAGACUCCAUCCAGAAGGCCUCCAGUGUUGAGGUCGCAGAGGGAAGGAAAGGUAGCCUUCUCAGACCGAUCGUCACACGCGGAGACAGCUUUUUCAAUGAGCGCAAUGCAAACGCGAAACUGGAUGAUAAUUCCAGACUUGCCCCCAGCUUCCUGAAGCCCAGAUUGAACAGCAUAUCAUCUGCUCGCACACCAAUGUCACCAGCACUUAAGAGUCCCUCCUAUCGACCAGAUUGGGCUCAAGAUACAGAAGAUAUGCGCGUGCAGCCAAUGCCCGUGGACGAAGACGAGCUGGGAUCGCCAGAAGAUCUCAGAGAUAUGUUGAGAAUGGGGAGAAACCAGGAGAUGAGAAAAUUAGAUGUAGUAUCUUUCGCUGGCUCUAUGUUCAUCACAGCAUCUUUAGCCGAGAUGUCUUCGAUGUCGCCGAGUUCUGCGGGCCAGUAUUUCUGGGUCUCGGAAUUUGCCAGUAAACGAUGCCAGCAGUUCUUGUCGUAUAUCACAGGCUGGAUGAGUAUUGUUGGUUGGCAAUGUGGAAACGCCUCAGGAAUCUUCCUGACAGGCUCACUAGUCCAGUCAAUGAUAACCAUCUAUCGUCCUGCCAAUGGUUGGCUGAUGUGGCAGACGAUCGUGUUUCUCCUUCCCUCUCUUGCUGUUGUCAUUUUGACCAACAUAUACGGUGGCCGUGCGAUAGCAACAUUGCAGAAUGUGAUGAUGUCAGUGCACAUUCUUGCGCUGAUUGCGAUGGUUGUGAUCCUGGGAGUACUGUCGCCGCACAUUCCAGCAAAGAGGGCGUUCCUGCAGAUUGAAAACACUGAAUGGUCUUCCGCGGCUCUGGCAGCACUUGCUGGCCAGAUAAAUACAAACUUUGCCUGUUUCNNUGUGAGUAUGCUGGCAUUCUUAGGAUUCAAGAGACUAACCUUACAAGAUGUCGACGCUCCCAUUCGUCUUUCCGAAGAGGCACAAGAUGCCGCGAUCGUCGUGCCUCAAGCCACCCGUACAUCCGUCGAUCCAGCUAAUGUCGUGCCUAAGAUGCGCUGCGCAUGGUUAAGCGGAAUCACGGGUCUCAUCGCUGUAGCAGUGUUCGCAAUCUGCGUCCCGAGCAUCAACGAUGCUGUCAAUCACCCGACGGGAUAUUCUCUUCUUUAUGUCCUGCAACUGUCUGUUCCAAAUGGAGUCAUCGUAUGCAUUCUUUUGACAUUCGUUGCUCUUGUGGGAGCAAGCAAUGUUGGCUUUGCAGCCGCUACUGCAAGAAUCACAUACGUCUUCGCAAGAGAUCAAGGCCUUCCAUUCUCUCAGUGGAUAAGCAAGGUAGACCUUACCAACAAACAUAGCGGAAGUCCACUGACGAAAGCCUUUAGNGUUCACGAAAAACGGCUGACCCCUAUCAACGCUGUGUUCUUGACGGCAGCUAUUGGUGUGUUACUGUCGCUGAUAAAUCUUGGAUCCACCACUGCUUUCUUCGGCAUCCGCAGNGUGGCACUUGCGCAAGCCGCACAAGCCGUGUCGUACAUUUUGGCCAUUUCGAGCGUAUUGUAUCGUCGUAUCAAGUCGCCAGAGAAACUGCCAAAAGCGCGCUGGAGCCUCGGACCCAUCUGGGGUCCAAUCAACAACUUGUUUUCGAUCAACUGCUUCAUCUGGUCGUUCACCCCACCCAGUCUACCAAUCACGUCGAUAAAUUUCAAUGUAGCAGUUGCGCUCUUUGUAGGCCUGUUGGUGCUAAUGACGGUAACUUAUUACUUCAGGAGGGAAGAAUACGUCGGGCCAGUAGCGCGCAAAAGAGACACUCCUAGCUGGAAUAUGAGUCAGCUGGGUACAGACCGGAAUGUUCAGUUCUUGACGAUUCCGGAGGAACUC